AUGAAUUCCUUGUACCUGUUCGCGCUGUUGGCUCCAUUCGUCGUCGCCGACUUGAUCACUCCCCAGUUGAACAAGCCCAUCUCCGGCGGCGAGUUUACCUUCUACGGAGCCUCGGGAAGAGGCGCGUGUGGCUUGGAUGUAAGCUCUUGCUCGGCUGCGGUCUCUGGAAGCCUCUUCGACUCCAGCGCCCAAUGGGUACCCUCUACGCUGCCCGAUGGAAGAUACAUUUUGGAUGACCCGGUUUGCCGAGGCAUCUGCGUCCAGAUCGAGUACAAGGGAAAAACGUAGGUGGCUGGAGGGGAAGGGAAUGGAUAUUCUGAACAAGAGAGGCCUGCAGUCUAAAAUACUCGUGUUCUCGAAGUUUUGCUGCUGUCAUCCUGUCGGGAAAAUAAUGGACGCAAAGUCGUACCUAUUAGCAUUUUCACAAAGUGCCUGAACAUUCGCCGUGGUCCGCAAUUCGCGAGUUCUUGCAAAAAAUGUCCAGGCACUUUGUGAAAAUGCGCAUAUUUUGUCAUCAUCAAUGCUGGUCAGGCAGACAAAACCAUUUUCUGUGCGCAAUUUGAAUUUUUCGCGCCAUUUGAUGCUCACAGAGUGUGGAACUCGCCUUUCAAUGAAACUUGAAGCAAACUAGGAUCAGAAUUUUCUGCGAAACGUGCGAGAUUUUUAGUUUAUGAGUUCCGAAAAUCACCGAAGUCCCUAGCUCCAAAAAGCCAAAAAAUCGGAGUUCCUUUUGUGAUUUCCGGACUGAAAAUUUGAUAAUUCUUUAGAAGUAACCCUGUACACUGUUACUCCCAAAAAUCAAGUUUUUCCAUAUAGCAAUCAAAAAGUUAUGGCCAAAAAAUUUGCCUACUCUCCAAAAUGCCCCUAUCUUUUCAGUGCCACCUUCCCCGCCGACAACAAGUGCCCCGAAUGCGCUGUGGACCACGUCGACCUCUCCACCGCCGCCUUCUUGGUCCUGGAACCCCAAGGAGGAACUGUCGGAAUCGCAAAGCCCGCCACCAUCACCUAUCUGUUCUGCAACCAGACCACAAUCAGCACUUGCUGA